AUGUGUGUAUGUUUCCUGCUUUCAGACUGGCGAUGGCAGCUCCAUCGUGUGCCGGCCUUUGCUAGUGCGGUUCAACCCUACCAGCCUGCAUUCGUUCAUUCCCAUAUCGAUGGAAUUUGUCCAAGGUCAUUCGGUGAUGCUCUCCUCUACGGCGGCUUGACAUUUUCCAAGGACAUUGAGAUCAUUUGGGACAUUGGCGCCUCAUGGACUACUGAGAUUGGAGCGGCAGGGGCGUAUCACAGCAAGCAUGGCGUUUACCUCGCAGAGGUCUACGGGAAGACUAUCUUCGAAAUUACACCUGCCCAGAUCUACUUGCUCCUGAAGUUCAACCCAGAUGAGCCGUGGGACACGCCACUAGACGCAGCACAAAUGGAAGCUGCACCAGGGAUCCAGGGCAACUGUCAAGCGUGGUGA